AUGGCCACCCGCUCCAUCGCCCUCGGCCCUCAGGAGACAGCCUUCGUCCAGCUCCUCGACGCCUUCGCCACCGCACAGAACCCCCCCGUAGAGUGCCGCAUCGCUGGAGGCUGGGUCCGAGACAAGAUCCUCGCGCUGCCGUCCGCAGACCUCGACAUCGCCCUGUCCAUAUCCUCCGGCUAUGCAUUCGCGGCCAGCUUUGUCGACUUUCUUCAUACCAAAGGCGUGUCCACCGGGUCAGUGGGCAAGGUCGUCGCCAAUCCCGAGCAGAGCAAGCACCUAGAGACUGGCUGUACUCGCAUCAUGGGUCUCGAGUGCGACUUUGUCGGCCUCCGCAGCGAAAAGUACACCGAUAGCCGGAUACCCCAGGUUGAACCUGGUACGCCAUACGAAGAUGCGUCACGCAGAGAUCUUACCAUCAAUGCCUUGUUCUACAAUGUCCACACUCGGCAGAUUGAGGACUGGACUGAGAAAGGCCUCGUCGACCUUGAAAACCAGAUCGCUAGGACACCUCUUGCUCCCCGCCAGACCUUCCAAGAUGAUCCACUCCGAAUCGUCCGUUGUGUCCGCUUUGCUAGUCGAUUCAAUCUUCACAUUGCCGAGGACGCCUUUGAGUGCAUCAAAGAGGAUGAUGUCAAGCUGGGCAUCAUCGACAAAGUCUCCAAAGAACGCAUCGGUAUAGAGUUGACCAAGAUGAUCCACAAGAAUCCUUACCGAGCGCUCGAGCUCAUCCAUCAGCUAGGUCUUCAUCCCUAUGUCUUUCACUGCGAUGUGAACCCUCCCCGUCACGAAGCCUUCGCCGCAGCGCAAAUCCUCAACGCCCUGUCGGAUAGAAAACAGCUCGACGAGAUGCUCUGGCUGGCAACAGCUGCUACACCUUUCAGGCAUCUCGACGUGAAAAGAAAAGGAAAGAGCGUGCCUGCGACAGCUAUCGUGAUUGGAGAAGGUCUGAAGCUUUCCACAGAGAUCAAGUCGUCGGUCUCCAAUCUCUUUGACGCUGUAAAGGUCAUCGAUCCAGGAGCCACUCGGCGGUCUGACAUUGGCGCUGUCCUCCAACUCCCGUCCGUUAGGCCAUGGAGGCGAAGUCUGAUCUGGGCGGUUGUGAUGGAGGUGUUGCCGCAGUGGAGGGGUGGCUGGGAUGAAGCUGCCGAAGCUGUAUAUCAAAAGUAUGAAGAUUUCGAGGCUAGGAUUGAGUCUCUCGGAUUGCCAGCGGCGAUUGACAAGCCUUUGCUUUUGAACGGAAACGAUGUUCAAAGUCUACUUUCUAUUUCCCCUGGGCCCCUUAUUACCGUCAUCCGGCAAUCCCUCAAUCUGUGGCAACUGGAUUACCCAGAGGCCACGAGAGACCAGGCCGAGGAGUGGCUCAAAAGUCAGUGGGAGGGCCAACAAAGAGUGGAAUGGGAAAAACUUGCUCCUCCGAGGGUGAUAAGCAAAAAGACCAAGAAGGCAGAGCCGGGGGAGAAAAGAAAGCGGUAG